GGGCCCUGUAUUACUGCACUGUCGUCGCCAGCGUUCGAGUAUUUAGUUUAAGAAGCUCCCUAUCUCCCUCGGAAUGGUGCCUCCCGUUGCGCCUAACUCGGCUGACGAGAACAGGCCCACUCUCGACGAUGGCGACGUCACUGGCCUUUGGGCCUCCAUCACAAUCCGCAGCCGAAACCACAUGACUGAGGCCGACGUGGCCGAGAUAGUUGAAUUCUUCGGUAUCGUCGGGCCCGAUAUCGUUGCCUCCAUGAGGCGCCUAGAAGUCAGGUUCCCAGGCCUCAUUGCGGCGGCGGAGCAGCGCACCGGGGCACGAGAUGUGCGAGUCCAGCGCGGACAAACGCACGACGACGCAUUCAACCGCCGCCGUCAGCUCCUUCGCGCAACAAGGCCCGCCAUCAGGGUUCGUAUGCUGCGGUCUCCUCCUCCACCGUCGUCAUAUUACGGGGGGGUGGAGCGUGUGUGGCAAGGUGCGACACACAACUGGCCGCACAGGUCGUGGUACGACAACGACGUAAGCACACGUCGCAUGUUCCUCCAUCGAGAGAAGAGUGAGAGAGUGAGAGAGAGAGAGAGAGAGAGAGAGAGAGAGAGAGAGAGAGAGAGAGAGGGAGAGAGAGAGAGAAAGAGCGAAAUGAAGAGAAAGAGAGAGAGAGAGAGAGAGAGAGAGAGAGAGAGAGAGAGAGAGAGAGAGAGAGAGAGAGAGAGAGAGAUAGAAUGGAGAGAUACAGAGAGAGAUAAAGAGAGAGAGAGCGAGAGAGAGAUAGAGAGAGAGAGAGAGAGAGAGAGAGAGAGAGAGAGAGAGAGAGAGAGAGAGAGAGAGAGAGAGAGAGAGAGAGAGAGAGAGAGCGAGAGAGGGAGAGAGCGAGAGGGAGAGGGAGAGAUAGAGCGAAGGAGAGAGAGAGAGAGAGAGAGAGAGAGAGAGAGAGAGAGAGAGAGAGAGAGAGAGAGAGAGAGAGAGAGAGAGCGAGAGAGAGAGAGAGAGAGAGAGAGAGAGAGAGAGAGAGAGAGAGAGAGAGAGAGAGAGAGAGAGAGAGAGAGAAUAGGAGAGAUACAGAGAGAGAGCGGUUGAUAGACAGGGGGAGGGAGAGAGAGAGGGAGAUAGAGCGGAUGGCGUGGCGUCGACGCCAGGAGAGGCUCGACUGCGAGACCUGCAUCCGAUAUUCAUAUCAUUAGCAAAUGGGUGUCAGUAGCAACCUGUCGUGCCUGUCGUGAAGCUCCCUGUUUUUAAAAAAGCAUAGUACCUCCUAUACUCGACAAAGGCGGUAGCCGUGUGUGUGCAUUUGGGGAGCUUGCGAAAACUGAUUUGCCCGUGCUGGAAACUAGACGGUGCCUCUGUCACAUUUGUGUAUAAAACGUGCCAUCUGUG